CAAAUAUGGAAAAGGAUAUCUUAUCUGAAGCGUACAGAUGCAAGAACUGCAGCAGGAUGGUUAAGUUUAAAGAGGAUAAUGGAAAAUUCAAAGUUGGACUCUACACGUGCAUGAAAAGCAACGACAUCGGUAUUAAGCACUAUUAUUGAGGAGCUGAAGAGCGUAAAUGUAAUCUCAUCAUCACCCAAGUCAGACAAAAAGUAAAAGGAAAAUAGAAAGAAAUUGGAGAAAAUAGAAAAAAGAAAAUGCGAACUCGAAGAUUGAGUUGAGCAUGAACUCGAGUUAGGCAAGAACUAUUCUUAAUAUUUGUAUAGAUAAUAGAAAGCAAUUUUAUAACAGACUUAAGAAGAGAAAGUUCCCAUGCAUUUCCUGUGACAAAAUGUUUAUUUAUGAUGAACUUGUUAAGCAUGAAGAUAUGGAAAUGAGCGGAAACAUUCCUGAAGAAGAGGAAGUAAAUGAUGAAGAGCAAGAAGAGCACUUCGAGAUCGGAUCUGAAUAUACAAAGAAAGAGCGAAAGAAUUUGAGGCUCCUCAGAUGCUGCAUUUGUGACGAUUUUGUAAAGGAACCCUUCUUUCUCUGCAUUAAAAGUGCAUGUCUUGGUAAGCGAAACCUCUACUGCUAUGAAUGUUAUGUUGACAAAUGGUGCAAACACAACAACAAGCCUAUCGGAGCAUGUAGGAAUGGAUGUGAAUUCGAUCCUUCCUCUUCAGACCUAGAAAUGAGGAAGCCUCCAGUCCAAAGAUUUGACCAGCACAGUAAGGAAAUCUCAAAGGAUGCAAAAAGAAGAAUCAAAGAAAUCUUGAACAAAGGAAUCAACAUGAACUAUGACUUAAUUUAUCUUCUCCAGCAAUAUCUCGGAUAUCAAAAGGAAGACGAAAAGGAAGAAUUAAAGGAGGAGGUUAAAGAAGAGCCCAUUGAAGAACCCAUCGAAGAGACCAAGGAAACUUCAGACGAGAAAGACUCAAAAGAAUCCCAAGAAGAACCACAAAAAGAACCACAAGAAGAACCACAAAAAGAACCACAAGAAGAACCACAAAAAGAACCACAAGAAGAACCACAAGAAGGGACAAAUAACAACUCUAAUAUAAAGCAUCCUGAGGACCCUGAGAGGCAAAAGAGGUGGGAACGCUUCCUGCAUGCCUUUAAGGUUUUCACCAGCUCCAAUAUUUUUAUCAGGAUUUACAACCAAAAUCACAUCCAAGAUCUCAGAAAGUUCAUUUCAAAAGAAAACCUUGAAAUUAUUGAUGAGAAGAUCAAGCAGAUAGAACCAUUAGAAAAAGAACUCCGUGAGCUAAAAGAGGCUCAGAAAAACCAUAUUUAUAAUAACCAAAUCCAGUCCAAAAGUAACCAGGAAUCUCUAGAAGAGGUUAAAGAAGUAGCCACCAGUGAUGAUAGAAGCAACCGUUCGGCUGCUAGAAGUAUUCCUUCAAGCAAAAGCACCAAUAUCGCUUCAAAAUUGACGUCAGAUCCAAACGCCUUCAGUGAUGGAAAAUCUGCCAUAAAGGGCAUUGCUAAAUUUGUCACCUCCAUCAAGAAUAAUUUCUUAAUGAUUACUUUCAGAAGAAGAGAGCAAGAGAAGCUCCAGCUCCUACAUUCGAAAGAACAUACUCUUCAAGAUUGCAAGAAGUACAGCAGAUUUAGCAUUGAGUGCUUUAGGCUUAUAGAUAUCGAAUCUUUAGAUCGGAGUAAGCUUAUAAAGUUCUGCAAGAUUCUUGAGGAUAUUGGCACUACUCUUAAUUUCCUUGUCUUCUCCCAGUUCAGGUUCAGGCACCUGAACCAGAUCAGUGACUCUACAUUGAAAUACAAAGAAAUGAAGAGAGGGAGGUAUGACGUUGAUAUCUCAAUCGAGUGUGCAAACUCUCUUAUGUUCAUUGAGAAAAGGGAGAAAGAUGAUCAUUUCAGGGCGAUCAAGAUCAACCCUGAUGAUGAAGAUAAGGCAACGCCUUCAGAUCACUUUUAUGCAAAUCUUGAUUCUGAAGGAAUUCAGGCUAUCAGGCCUGAUAAACUCCCUGACCCCAAUGAUGAUGAUCACAAAGCUCAGUUUGCUUUUAAAGUGAUUCGUACCCCAGUGAGAGGAAAGACCUAUAUCAUUGGAGGUAAGACAAAUAAGUCUAUCCGCCAUAUGACAACUGGUGAGAGUGGAAGACCGAUCAUCAAACAAGUAUAUUGAAAGUAUACGGUUGAUGCAGUAAAAGAAUUCGACUUAUUCGACAAGACCAGCACUUUGUUCAGGUAAGUAUGAUUAUUUCAUAAUUUUUAGACUCAGAACGGGUAUUUAGC